UCAUCAGAAUGAAUUUCUGUCAUUCUAGAGAAUGAGAUAUUUUUGGCACAUGAAGAUGACAAAAGUAAAGACAUAAUUACUCUGCUUCAGUCUUUCACACAACACACUGUAAAUGUGUGAACUAUAAUGGCUCCUCAUCAUCACCAUGCUUGCUAGGUAGCUAAAGUCGCUGUCAUUGCCUACAAAACAACAAAUAUUGAAAAUAAAAUUCAUGUUCUAUAGCAUAUAGUACUAUUGCUCAUAAACUCUCAUAUUCAUUGGUGAGUUUGGUUUGGAGUAAAUUAAUGGAAACACCGUUGCUCAAAGGCAAAGGCGAAGCGGAGGCAGCUGAUGAUGACUGUGCGGCAGUGAGGAGCUUUGAGGAGGCCAUGUGGGUCUCUUGGAAGGAGGCAGUGAAGCUCUGGAGAAUUGCAGCUCCGGUGGCGUUUACAACUCUGUUUCAGUACCUGGUUGUGUCUGUCACCACCGUCUUUGUGGGUCAUCUCGGAGAUCUUGAGCUCUCUGCUGUUUCCCUUUCUGUCACUGUCAUUUCUGGCAUCCCUUUUGGUUUACUGCAAGGUAUGGCAACUGCACUGGGAACGCUUUGUGGUCAAGCAUUUGGUGCAGGCCAAGUUGGGUUGCUUGGUAUCUAUAUGCAGCGGUCAUGGAUUGUCCUAUUAAUCACCUGUAUCAUCCUUUCACCGGUUUAUAUUUUUGCCGCUCCAAUACUGGAGAGUUUAGGCCAAGAAAGUGAUAUAGCUGAUCUUGCUGGAAAAUAUAGUGUAAAGAUAAUUCCUCAGUUGUUCUCCUUUGCCAUCUUUUUGCCCACUCAGAGGUUCCUUCAGGCUCAGAGCAAGGUUAGCGCAAUGGCAUUGAUUGCUUUUGUGGCGCUGAUCAUACAAACUGGACUCCUUCAUCUUUUCAUCAAUGUGUUUGGCUGGGGAACCACUGGUGCAGCUGUAGCUUAUGACAUCACACAUUGGGGAAUUACAGUUGGUCAAGUUGUGUAUAUUAUGGUUUGGUGCAAAGAGGAGUGGACUGGAUUUUCAUGGCUGGCAUUUAAGGACAUUUGGGCUUUUGCUAAGCUAUCCCUUGCCUCAUGCAUGAUGUUUUGCCUAGACUCAUGGUAUACCAUGACCAUAAACAUUCUCGCAGGUUUACUUGAAAAUGCAGUGAUUGCUGUUGGUUCCUUUUCUAUAUGCAUGAACUUUCAGAAUUGGGAGAUCAUGUUGUUGGUUGGACUAAAUGCUGCUAUAAGCACUCGAGUCUCCAAUGAACUUGGAAUGGGGCGCCCAAGAGCGGCCAAAUACGCUGUCUGUACUGCAGUCUUGCAAUCUCUCAUAGUUGGAAUUUUAUCUAUGAUUGCUGUCUUCAUAAGUAGAGACUACUUUGCCAUGGUUUUCACAAACAGUGAAGAUAUGCAACGUGCCGUUGCUCGUUUAGCAUACUUUCUUGGUGUAACCAUGCUUCUUAAUAGCGCAACAGUAGUGUUAUCUGGUGUUGCUGUUGGAGGUGGAUGGCAAGUGAUGGUUGCUUAUAUAAACUUUGCUUGUUAUUAUCUAUUUGGGCUCCCACUUGCAAUCUUUCUUGGAUUUAAAGCAAAUCUGGGUGCUUUGGGACUUUGGGGUGGCAUGAUGAGUGGAAGUGCUGUUCAGAUCUUAUUGUUAUUGAUUGUGACUUCCAGAACCAACUGGGACAGAGAGGUGGAGCAAACAACAAAGCGCAUAAAGAAGUGGGGAAGCCAAGAAACAAAAACUGACAAGAUAGAUAGCUCUUAGUAUAUCAAAAUAAAUAAGCAUCAAAGUCUCUAAAUGGAGGAUAACAAACAAGGGCAGCUGAGCUGAGUUGGAACUUGGACUAGUAGUAAGGUUUAGUUAAUUCUUAAGCAAGCUGUUGUUCAAAGUGUUGUGCUGUGAAAAUAAUCAUUGUCA